AGGAAGUCUCACUCUGUGUCUUUUUCUCAGGCUGAGUCCGUCGUUUAGCUCACAGUAGAGAUUAGCUGCAUUUAGCAUCAUAUAGCCUCCUUUAAUGAUAGUUUAAGUUAAGUUAAUCGAGUCUAAAGGAUCUGUGCUGAGUCCGGGUCCAAGGUGGGGCAGAGAGUCUCCUGGUCAACUCGUAAAAGUUGUGUGUGUGUCCGUGUAUGGAGGAUUUCUCUGCUAACUUCACUCAAACUCGACAGCAGCUGGUCUUUGGUAGUGGGGCGGACCUGUGAGCCACUGGACUGAGACAGACCAGAGUCAUGGCCUCAAGCAAGAACAAGAACCAGACCUCUCUGGUCCUCCAUAAGGUGAUCAUGGUGGGCAGUGGAGGCGUGGGGAAGUCUGCUCUCACCCUGCAGUUCAUGUACGACGAGUUCGUGGAGGACUACGAGCCCACCAAGGCCGACAGCUACAGGAAGAAGGUGGUGCUGGACGGCGAGGACGUUCAGAUCGACAUCCUGGACACGGCGGGUCAAGAAGACUACGCCGCCAUCAGAGACAACUACUUCAGGAGUGGGGAGGGCUUCCUGCUGGUGUUCUCCAUCACGGAGCACGAGUCCUUCACCGCCACGUCAGAGUUCAGGGAGCAGAUCCUGCGGGUGAAGGAAGAGGAGGGGAUCCCUCUCCUCGUGGUGGGGAACAAGUCUGACCUUGAGGAGCGGCGGCAGGUUUCUGCAGACGAGGCCACGGCGAAGGCGGGCGAGUGGGGGGUCCAGUACGUGGAGACCUCGGCCAAGACGAGAGCCAACGUGGACAAGGUUUUCUUCGACCUCAUGCGCGAGGUCCGCAAGAAGAAAAUGGCGGAGAGCAAAGACAAAAACGGGCCGAGCGGCAAGAAGAAGAAAAAGCGCUGCUGCAUCCUUUAACCCCCCCGAGGCCGCGGCUCAGGUGACAAAGUGCCAAAACCAAAAGCUGCAGCAGGCGUCAGGAGGACUGAUCCUGGACUGACCGACUGCUGCUCCCUCUCUCAACACUCACUCCACCAGACUGGACCCAGAACACCUGACACUCCAUGACCCCGCCCCCUCACCUGCACACCGGGCCUCCUCUCACACGCUCACCUGAAGAUGUUUAAAGAUGUCUGACUCUGUGUGUGUGUCAGAGAAUCAAAGAUCAGUGUGUGUGUUAUCAUGUCAGGUUUUUUUUUUUUUUAUGUACAAUCAGGACGGAAGUAUGUGGACACCAUGAGAGUCCAGGUCCUCUCCUGCAGAGCCUCAGUGAGGUUCAGACCACGUCCAGGUCUUGUCUGAGCGUGGUGUCCUGAUCCUUCUGUCUGUGUAUUUAGUCUUCCUGCUCUUCUUCUGUGUCUGAUGGAUUUCUCUGUGAUCGUUUGUUUUGCCUGUAAUCACCUUCUCUCCUCAGACGCUGCAGGGCGGACAUUCUGUGCCUUACGCCGUCUCCCCCGUCACGUCGUGGUCUCCUGAACCGUCUCCUGCUCCCCGUCUCCCUCCUCUGAUCGUAUUUUCACACAUUCCUGAUUUGUGGUUUUGACGCUUCCUUUCACUUCCUUUUGUACGAAAGCUUUACCGACACGACACCAGUCUAAUUUAUAAUCAAGGUAAUAAAGGGGACUCUGUCUGCAUCCAUCAGA